UUCCGUGACCAGCCCAAUUUGAAUGACCCACUUUCGAAAACUGUCUACUAAGAAACAGAGGAUUUGCAGGGAAAAAGCGAGAAAAUCGACGAGAAACUUAAAGAAAAUCCAAAAAUCAAAGCAAGAAAUCUUUCAUUCUUGAAAUCACUUUCCAAGCAAGUGAAUCUUCCAUUCCCACAAAAAUCAAGAAUGGCGAUGCAAGCUGGUCGUCUGAUUCAAGAUCAAAACUUUAAUGUUCACUACAAUGGUGCUUCUGUUGGGGGAAAGACCAAUGUCCAUAAAGCAGAGAGGAAAGGAGGGCUUGGUGCAAGGAAACCACUUAGUGAUUUAUCAAACUCAGAGAAGCCUGUUCUAAAUCGGGCACCGAAAAAGCAAACUUCGAAGAAUGUCACUUUUAUUGAUGAACAUUCUGGUGCCUCUAAAAUCAGAGAUGUUACAAACAAAAAGACAAGCAUCUCUAAAGCCUCAGCGAAGUUGCAGACGGGUAGCAGGAAAGCGCUUUCUGACAUUUCAAACUCUGGCAAGGCAGAUCUGCAUGCUGAGGCACUAAACAAGAAUCUUAACCUGAAGCUCGGUGUUGUGGCAGAGAAACCACUUCAUCAUGUCAGUGCUAUUGCUGAAGAACGAUUUCUGCACAAUCAUCAAGAGUGCAUUAAAGCACAGACUAAGUCUAUGGACAUGGAUGAAUUUCUGAAGACAGUUGGACUAGACAAUGAUCAUUCGAAAUACCUAGCAACUCCAUGUGCACCAUCAGUGUCAAGAAAAUUGAAGAUUCAGCCUGAAAACUCUCUGAAGAAGUACCACCUUGAAUUGGAAGAUAUGGCUGAGCAGCUGAUUGAAGAUGGAGGAUCUUCUUGGAAGCAUGAGCUGUUGUCAAGCAGGCCUGCCUCUCCACCACCUCCUUGCAUGACCCCAAAAUCACCCAGUUAUUCCACACUCUGGAAAGACUGCGACUUCAUCAACUUUAAGUUGAUGGAGACUCCAGAAUUGCCAAGGCAUUGAACUGGUUUCCCUUGUGUAGAAUGGCUGUUCCGUUGGUGUAAAAAUUCUGUGGCAAGAAUAUGUUGUUUUGGAUUGUAAUGAAGACUUUCAAAUCCCAUACUCUUCUUUUACCUGCUAGAAUGUUGAACUUCACUGUUUUAGUGUGUUGUGCACUAUUUUAGUGUAAACCAAGAACGGAUAUUUUUUGCUUAGCUGUUUAGAAA